CAUCAUCACAUGGCAGAUGGAAAUUUCCACUCAGACUCCUUGCUUGUUAAAUGGGAAGGGUCUCCAACUCUUGUCUUCACUAGUCCGCCUCCUCCUCCUCCGCCUGCAGCAGCUGUCCGCCACCCUCAAACCCCUCGGCGUUUUCGUAGGCAACUAAAGUCUUUGGAGAAGUUGAGGAAGAAGCAUCAUCCCCUAUUGAGCUGACAUCCCGAAAAAAACAUCUCUGCCUUUCAUACUGCUGAGCGCCACCAUGCCGGGAGUCGUGGAUCGUAUGGAGCUGAGGAAAGUCCCCACAGAGGCUGACGAUGACAGCAUGGACAGCCUUGACGACCGCUACACAGAGCCCAUUGACUCGGAGAAGGCCACCAUUGACAGUCAGUUUUUGGAUGACAACGAGGACGGGGAAAGUCAGAAGUUUCUGGCAAACGGGAUGAUGAAGAAGAAGAAAUACGAGGAAUACCAUGAAGAAUAUCAUCCCGGUCACACCUCCUUCGGGAUGUCCGUUUUCAACUUGAGUAACGCCAUCAUGGGCAGCGGCAUCCUGGGCCUGUCCUACGCCAUGGCUAACACCGGCAUUGUUCUCUUUACAAUCCUCCUCAUCGGUGUGUCCAUCCUGUCCUUAUAUUCGGUACAUCUGCUCCUUGUCACCGCCAAAGAAGGAGGAUCCCUCAUUUAUGAAAAGCUGGGAGAGAGAGCAUUCGGUUGGCCCGGCAAAAUAGCAGCUUUCGGAUCCAUUAUCAUGCAGAAUAUUGGAGCCAUGUCCAGCUACCUCUUUAUUGUCAAGUACGAGCUCCCCGAGGUGAUCCGAGCCUUCUUGGGCUUAGAAGAAAUCUCUGGUGAAUGGUACAUGGAUGGAAACUACCUGGUGGUGUUUGUGUCGGUUGGAAUCAUCCUGCCUUUGUCUCUCCUGAAAAAUCUGGGCUACCUGGGCUACACCAGCGGCUUCUCCCUGUCCUGCAUGGUCUUCUUCCUGGGUGUGGUGAUAUACAAGAAGACCCAGCUGCCCUGCCCUCUCCCGUUCUUGACCCAACACACGUCGAACCUCAGCAUGAACGCCUCAGACAUGUCGGCUUUGUACCCGCCGCCGAACAGCUCGGCACAGAUGGACUUCUCCCGGGCGGACGUUUCCCCGGCGGUCGGCGGCGGCAACGACGCUCCUCACUCCGGCAGCAUCCACUACGAGCCGCACACCGACGACAAGGAGCAGUGCACGCCCAAAUACUUUGUCUUCAACUCACAGACCGCAUACACCGUGCCAAUCCUGGCCUUUGCUUUUGUGUGCCACCCCGAGGUCCUGCCCAUCUACAGCGAGCUGAAAGAUCGCACGAGGAAAAGGAUGCAGAACGUCUCCAACCUGUCGAUCUUGACCAUGCUCAUCAUGUACAUGCUGUCGGCGCUGUUCGGCUACCUCACCUUUUACGAAAACGUAGAGGCAGAGCUGCUCCACACCUUCACCAAGGUGUACAAGUUCGACACCAUGUUGCUGCUGGUGCGUUUGGCUGUCCUCACCGCCGUCACCCUGACUGUCCCCAUCGUGCUGUUCCCUAUCCGCUCCUCAAUCAACACGCUGCUGUUCAGCGGGAGAGAGUUCAGCUGGACUCGGCACAUACUGAUCGCCGCCAUCAUCCUGGCCUUCAACAACAUGCUGGUCAUCUUCGUCCCCACCAUCAGAGACAUCUUCGGCUUCAUCGGUUCCUCUGCAGCCACUAUGCUCAUCUUUAUCCUACCGGCUGCCUUUUACAUCCGCCUGGUGAAAUCUGUGCCGUUCCGCUCCCCGCAGAAGAUUGGGGCGUUCAUUUUCCUAGUCGUGGGAAUCGUCUUCAUGAUUGGCAGCUUGUCACUCAUCGUCCUCGACUGGAUCCACAACCCCCCCGGCUCCAGCGGGGGACACUAAACCCUCUUUCUUCCCUCGUCAAAAUUUCAGAGUGCAGCAAAACCCUCUUCAGCCACCGACCUGCUAUGUCUCUUCUGUUUUUUUCUCAAAUACCAGGGAACACUGCCCUUUAGCGGUUCACUUCCUCAAAUCACAACGUUGAGCGUAAAAGCUGAACAUAUACAGGAACCAUGUUUUGCUGCACUGGGUUCAGUUUUUCCCCCCAAAGAGCGGGAGACUUUUUUUUGCCCAGUUGUAUUUCGUUUUUCUUUUUUUUUCCUGUAAAGUUUUGGAUGCGACACGACAGAAACGAGAGAUUCAAAACCCGGAGAUGGGUAGAAACAAACUCUGGUUUUAAGUGCCUCAGAGAGACAUCCUGAAAUCACCGCCACCAUCAUGAUCUUUCCCAGUAAAUGAAGAGACAGAACAAAACACAAACUAUGCAGCCGUCACCUGAAGCAGAUCUGUGAGCUGCUGCUGCACCCCGCAAGGCUGGAAAGACGAUGCGAGGUUCCUCGGUCCUCUGCGCACUUGAAGAAGACAUUUUGAGGUCGGAGUGUGUCAUCCUCUAUGAAACAAGCAGCACUUCUUUUAUCACGUUACACUUUGUGUGUAGAGUGAACACACAGUUACAAACACAAACGUAGACGGUAAAACAUCCCUACACCGGUGUUUUCCAAGCAACUAUCCGUAAAAAAACAUCUCAAAACAACCGUCAACCAGCAACACUGAAAAACAAGUGGACAUUUUAUACAGGAACGUUUGGUUUAUUUUGCUGCUCUGCUGCACACUAACAAUCAGAAGCUUUGCCGAAGUCUACAUGCACAUACAAUUUCAGCUUGAUCUGGUGGAUAGAGAGCCACAGCUUCCUCGCCGUCUGUAUUUUUUUCCGGCGCUGUACAAGAAGCAAGGAGAUGCUUCCAGUAUUUCUGUUACAGAGGGAUGUAAACAUUAACGGUAUUAAUGUACAUAUUGAAGAAUUAGGUUGUUGUUGUACAUAAUAUCUUACUCGCCCUCAAACCAGACCCGUCAGGUUGUAUGAAGUACAAUCUCCCAACAGCCUCAAGACACGUUUAGACUGCGAUAGGGACAAAUAAAAAGGUGGUUAUUUUUCCAAGUCAUUGGCAAAUAUAUGAGUUUGAGUCAAACACUUGAGUAAAACAACAAAUGAGAAUCAGUUCAAAAUGCCUCAUUGCAGAAAAACGUGUUCAACGUUGUGCCAUGCUAUUUUCACCCAAGGAUUAAUUCCCCCACCCCCUCUCUCCAAAAAGGAAUUUAACAGUAAUGAUUAUACACUUUUAGCAAAAGAAUCAAUUAGAUAUUAGUAAAGAGUAACAUGAGUAGAUUGAUAUCACUCCCAUGUUUGUAUGACAAAUAUUAAGCUAACAUUACAGCUAGCAGUUGGCUAGGCAUAGAAAGUAGAAGUGUAUGCAGUGCACUAAUUCCUGUAAACAAAAACGUUUUACAUUUGAGUUUUUAUUAUUUUACAGUUGAAAUUGAGUUAACUAUUCAGAUAAACUAUUUCAACUCCUUAGAUGGUUAAUUGAUGGCUUUGGCUUAGUACCAAAGUAGGCUAGCUGUUUCCCCCUUCUUUCAGGCAAUAUGCCAAAGCUAGCUUAGUUUCUAGACAUUAGCUAGCUCUGCCUUUAGCCAACACAGUGGUGUGUGUCAAUCUUCUCAUUUAAAUCUCACCAACCUGUAAAAAGAGCCCCCCCUCCUCCCCCAAACAAAUAUGAAAGUUUUCCUAAAACUUUUUGUGAUUCAGAGGAAAGAGUGCAACACCUGUUAAGACGUAAAGUCCCAACAGAGGACUUAUCGAUGCAGUAACUAUGAUAACUCACCGAGGAUAUGACCUGUUUUCAAAGUGCAAGUUGUGAACCGAGCUCAAACAUGUUUCUUAUGAUCUAAAUUCUUAGUAAAAUCUGAAAAUGGAUUGUAGAUGACCUAACCCUUUGAUUAGUUUUACUUAUUUGUAACAUUUGGUUUGUGUAGCUGAAGCAUAAAACUCUUCCUUUAUAAUUGGCCUCUUAGGGGCGCCGGUGGCUUAGUGGUUAGUGCGGGCGCCCCAUGUACAGAGUCAUCAAAAACAGGUGGCUCCGGAUCAAACUUAUCCACCAUCAUGUCUCUAAAUAAAAGCCCAAAAAUGAAUCUUAAAUAUAAUAAUAAUUGGCCUCUUACAUCGGUGCCUUUGGUAAAAUCAACAUGAAAACCUCAUCUCUGCUCCGAUGCCGUUGUGUGUCACGGACACAUCCAGCCAAAGUGGACAACAUUAACUGAUCCUUUGCGGAUACAAAUAGAUAUUUCAAAUGAAAUAGUGUAAUAUGUGCAUGUUUUUGGAUUACAAACAUGGUCUUUUUGGACAUUUGUAUAUGCUCUGUAAAUAGUCUUUAUUUUAUGGUACACUGACACUCAUUGUGAGUGGGUUGUUUUGGGGGAUUCUGCUUUAUAAGUCUUCUGCAAUCCAGCGUUUGUUUUAGUAUAUAUAUAAAUAUAUAAAAUGUGUAUUAGGUUGUUGUUUUUUCCUCUUGCUGUAUGACAGUAGUUUAUUUUCUUUAUUUGAUGCUUGUAUAUUUGUAGAAAAUUUGAUCUCUAUAUAUCAUCUUUUACACAUGUUAUCUUGUCAUAUUAGGAUGAAUUAACCAACGGCAUACUUCAUAGCAGGGUUUCUGAAAAGUCUCUGAAACGAGGCAAAAAGUUUCUUUAGCUUAGUGGUUCUUAGUGACCGACACUCGACUGCUUUUAGUCCUAGGAGUAAACUGUAUGAACGUUAAAUGUUUCCUGAAAACAGUUCGAUUACAUAUUUUUUUUAAAAGCCAGACAAGAUCAUCUACAUAAUGUUAUAACCACACUACAGGAGGGUUACCGGGGAAACCUUCUUAAGAAUUAGUUUUCAGGGGCUUGCGGCUCCUCUGCUACUUGUAGCGUAGAGUAUCACUAAUGCUCACUAACCGCCUGUCUUCACCAGCUCUGCUGCUGUACUGGGACAAUCGUAUACCGUUGUAGUUCACACCUUUCUGUGGCUCAUAAUGUAAAUCACUGCUGUGAAAGCGAACCUUUGAAACCCAGCUUUGGUGAAGUUAUACUUACACGACAUUACUUGAACUGAAGCUUUCCACGGCGUGAUGAAGCUUCAUGGACGAAGGGUCUCGACAGUACUCGCUAUGAAUGUUGAAUAAUUAAGAUCUUGCUUACUCUGAUGUAGGGUUGUCACGAUACCAGCAUUUUAAACUUCGAUACGACACUAGGUGAAAAAAAAAACCUGUUGUCAAUACCACGGCAACAAAAAUAGAAGCCCUAGCUGCCCAAUGUUGGGGACCUUGUUGUUAUUUUAUUACCAAAAAUUGCAAGUAAAACUCAAACACACUGUCUAAACUGUGAAAAAGGAGACAGUGUUGUCACUUCUCAUCCAGCUGAAUCGACCUGUGAAUUUGAACAAACCCUCGCCGCUCUCUCUCUCCUUCUCUCGCGGCCCUUUAGGAUAAAAAAAAUACACUUGAAAAUGUAGAGUUUUGUAAAGCUCUGAUACUGUUGAACAUUCAAAUAACAGAGAUGGUAUCAUUUUAAAACACGUGGUAUAGGAAAGUAUCAAAGGUUUGAAACGUUUUUUUACAACCUUACUCUCUUGAAAAUAUCUUCACAAAUGUUUGGCUGUAGCCUCCUACCGCUCCCCAACCCACACUUCUUUUACCUUUUGGUUUCUCAGGUAUUCAGUCUGGAUGGAUUUUCCUUCUCACUUCUGGUUCACUUUCAAGUAUCUCUACUUUUUUUUUGCAUGUUUGAGCCAAUCCAUACAUUACUGUUGUACAUUGUGCUGGUUGAGAUGAGGAGUCAUCUUGUUGAUAUUGUAAAAGUAGAAUGUCCCUCAGCUGAUUUUUAACAGUGUUUUUAAAAAAGGAACUGCGCAGAAACACCUGCCUUAUUUUUCUAUGGAGCGUCAGCCGUGGAGAAACUCUCGCUCAAUGUUACUGUUGUUCAGUGUCACUGCUUCCUAUGGAUCAGACUGAACGCUCAGAAAUGUAAUUUUCCCACACGAAGGGGAUGAUGUUGUUUUUUUUGUAUCAGUGAUGAUGUUUCAUUAUGAUGAACAAUAAAUGUGAAAUAAAAAAGAUUGCAUUUUU